AUGCCAACAUCUGAAAGGACCAAAUCGCCUGUGCGUAAUGCUACAGACGGCGAUUUGUAUGCGUCUUUCCGGCGUAUCGUGACAACGACAUACGCUCAAGAAUAUGCGGGCUUGGCCGUUUUGAUCGUCCUUUACCUUCUCGUGAGAAUUUUUAGCGAGCCUUUCCACCAGCUGUUCCGUCUAGACGACAUCCGCAUUUCAUUCCCUCAUGCUGAGCAUGAGCAUGUUCCCGUCUUCUGGCUAUUCACGUAUGGCGGCGCUGUUCCCGCUCUGGUACUCUUUGUAUGGGCCAUCAUCGCACGCCCAGACGUUCAUAAAGUCCAUGUGACCUUCCUCGGCCUCCUAAUUUCACUUCUAUUGACCUCCUUCAUCACGGACGUUGCAAAGGAUGCCAUUGGACGGCCCAGACCCGAUUUGAUCGCGCGGUGUAAACCUGGGAAAGACGCACCCCUCCAUGAACUGGUCACAUUCGAAAUCUGCACAGAAACCAGCCAUCAUUUACUUCACGAUGGAUGGCGAUCAUUCCCUUCCGGCCAUAGUAGUUUUGCAUUUGCAGGACUCGGCUGGCUAGCACUUGUACUGGCAAGUCAACUCCGCGUCUUUCGACCAAGAGCAAGUCUUGCCGCCAUGAUGAUCUGUGUUGCGCCUCUGCUGGGUGCAUUCCUAAUCGCCGCAUCGCGUCUAGAAGACUACAGACACGCGGUUGCGGAUGUUACUGCUGGAUCAAUCCUCGGCUUUGUGAUCACAUAUCUCACUUUCCGGCGCUAUUAUCCUAGUCUGUCUUCGGAGGAUUGUAGCGAGCCUUAUGUGGAAGGACGGUCUACAUUUCAGCGUCUACGACAUGAAGAGGAGGGUUUUGUGCGAGAAGUUGAUGAUGAUAGAAGUGGCCGUUAG